CAACCUUAAUUUAAUUAAAAAAAAAAUUAAAAAGAAAAACACUCACCCACUCUUAGUUAGGUUUAACCAAAAGAAAACGGGCUGGAGCGUGUGUUUCACGCUCCAAAACCCGAGUAUGAAAUAGACAAAACAUAAAUAGAUAUUGAGAGCACCGGCACUUUUAUUCAGGCGCACAAAAGAGGAGCAACAGUAUCAUCACUUUCACUUGCUGUUAGAAUUCCAAAAAAGUGAAAAAUGGCGGUAGCAUCAACAUCUCUAGCUUCUCAAAUGUCUGGGCCACACUUCUCUGGCCUCCGUAAAUCUAUCUCCAAGCUUGAUAACACUUCUGUUUCCUUCUCCACUUCUCAAGCUUUUUUCCACAACGUCGAUGCUCAUCUCCGCCUCUCUUCCGCCGGAAAAGGUUGUAGGUCGGUCGUAACCAUGGCCGGCUCCGGUAAGUUCUUUGUUGGUGGAAAUUGGAAAUGUAAUGGAACAAAGGACUCCAUAAGCAAGCUUGUCUCUGAUUUGAACAGUGCUCAGCUCGAGUCUGAUGUUGAUGUGGUUGUAGCACCUCCCUUUCUGUACAUUGAUCAAGUAAAGAAUUCACUCACCGACAGGAUUGAAGUUUCUGCCCAGAAUUGUUGGACUGGAAAAGGUGGAGCUUUCACCGGCGAAAUCAGUGUAGAACAGGUGAAAGAUCUUGGCUGCAAGUGGGUCAUUCUUGGUCAUUCAGAAAGGAGACAUAUAAUUGGAGAAAAUGAUGAAUUUAUCGGCAAGAAGGCUGCAUAUGCUUUGAGCCAAGGCGUUGGUGUUAUAGCCUGUAUCGGAGAGCUGUUACAAGAAAGAGAAGCAGGAAAAACUUUUGAUGUCUGUUUCCAGCAGUUGAAGGCUUUUGCAGAUGCUAUACCAAGUUGGGAUAAUGUUGUCGUUGCGUAUGAGCCUGUCUGGGCUAUUGGAACCGGUAAAGUUGCCACGCCUGAGCAGGCUCAGGAGGUACAUGUAGCUGUUCGCGAUUGGCUUACUAAGAACGUUUCAGCAGAAGUUGCUUCUAAAACACGCAUUAUAUAUGGAGGCUCUGUGAACGGAAGCAACUCUUCUGACCUUGCAAAGAAAGAAGACAUUGACGGUUUUCUAGUAGGAGGUGCUUCCUUAAAGGGUCCCGAGUUUGCAACCAUUGUUAAUUCUGUGACUUCCAAGAAGGUAGCUGCUUGAUCAUUUGUCAUGGGUUUUCAUCGUGGAGAAUAAACAACAUAGAGAAACACUAGACAAUAAACUAAUGGUUCAGUUUUGUCAAUUGGAAUUCUGAUGACAUUCCAACUCUUCCAACCUUUGUACCAUGUUUUCUGUAAUACAAGUUGUACUAGCAAAAUAAUAAGGCUUGUUGUCUAGGCUGCUUGCAUUGCUAGGUUUGUACUGCAUGCUACUAUAAAUUAUACCCAUAGUUGAGAUAUGUUCGAUUGAA